AUGGGGAGCCCGGGACUCGGGACUAUGCUGUGGCUGCCUCAAGCGCUGCUGCUGCUGUUACUGGUAUUGCUGCCGCGAGUCCCGCCGAGCCGGGGCUUCCCAGGAUCUGGAGACUCACCACUAGAAGAUGAUGGAGUCUGGUACUCACACUCUCUAUAUAAAGACACUCCAUGGUGCUCCCCCAUCAAGGUGAAGUAUGGGGAUGUGUACUGCAGGGCCCCUCCAGGGGGAUACUAUAAAACGGCCUUGGGAACCAGGUGUGAUAUUCGCUGCAGGAAGGGCUACGAGCUUCAAGGCUCUUCUCAGCUGAUCUGCCAGUCAAACAAGCGCUGGUCGGAUAAGGUCAUCUGCAAACAAAAGCGAUGUCCUACCCUUGCCAUGCCAGCAAAUGGAGGGUUUAAGUGUGUCGAUGGUGCCUACUUUAACUCUCGAUGUGAGUACUAUUGCUCACCAGGAUAUACAUUGAAAGGGGAACGGACAGUCACGUGUAUGGACAACAAGGCCUGGAGUGGCCGACCAGCCUCCUGUGUGGAUAUGGAGCCUCCAAGAAUCAAGUGCCCAAGUGUAAAAGAACGUAUUGCUGAACCUAAUAAGCUGACAGUCCGGGUGUCCUGGGAAACUCCAGAGGGAAGAGAUACAGCGGAUGGCAUUCUUACUGAUGUUAUUCUAAAAGGCCUCCCUCCAGGCUCAAAUUUUCCAGAAGGAGACCACAAGAUUGAAUACACAGUCUAUGACAGAGCUGAGAACAAGGGCACCUGCAAGUUUCGAGUUAAAGUAAGAGUCAGACGCUGUGGCAAACUCAAUGCUCCAGAGAAUGGUUACAUGAAGUGUUCCAGUGAUGGUGACAACUAUGGAGCUACCUGUGAAUUCUCCUGUAUUGGUGGCUAUGAACUUCAGGGUAGUCCUGCCCGAGUGUGCCAGUCCAAUCUGGCUUGGUCUGGCACGGAGCCCACCUGUGCAGCUAUGAAUGUCAAUGUCGGUGUCAGAACAGCAGCCACCCUUCUGGAUCAGUUUUAUGAGAAAAGGAGACUCCUCAUUGUGUCCACACCCACAGCUCGGAACCUCCUCUACAGAAUGCAGCUGGGAAUGCUGCAGCAAGCACAGUGUGGCCUGGAUCUUCGACAUGUCACAGUGGUGGAGCUGGUAGGAGUGUUCCCAACCCUCAUCGGCAGGAUCAGAGCAAAGAUUAUGCCUCCAGCUCUAGCCCUGCAGCUCAGGCUGUUGCUUCGAAUCCCACUCUACUCCUUCAGCAUGGUGCUAGUGGAUAAGCAUGGCAUGGACAAAGAACGCUAUGUGUCCCUAGUGACACCCAUGGCUCUCUUCAACCUCAUUGACACUUUCCCCUUAAGAAAAGAAGAGAUGAUCCUGCAAGCUGAGAUGGGACAAACUUGCAACACCUGAUGUGUUGUUAUAUUUGCGGUGGUUCCUCAUCUCUUUUUACAUAGAGCCUUACCUACUGCCUGUUUCUGGGAAGGCCUUAAAAAUUCCCUUGAUGUACAGAUUUUCAUUUGUAAUUUUUAAAGUCUAUUUUAUUAUGUGCUUUCUUUGCCCUUAAAAAUUGGCACAAUGUUUUUAUUUUGUUUGUUUGAUUUUUUGUUUUUUUGUUUUUUUUACUUUGAAAUGUUUCACUUUCUAACUCUCCCUUUAGUCUAUUGUGUCUGGUUAACUCUAUAACUAGAAACUACAAAGACACAUAUGCACUUUUAUUCAUUGUGCAACACACUUUUCUUUCCUUAUAUUGCUUAUAUAACACUUUUGUUAAUAAAAUAUUUUGAAGCAAA